AUGGCGGCCGGUAUCACAGAAUCAUGGCCGAUCAAUGAGAUCGUUUAUACUGCCAUCGUGGGCCUGAUUAUGGUGGCAGCUUUUCUCGAAUGGCUUCUCUGGAUCGCUGCCUUCAUGUACUGUCUGUGGAAGGUCUUUGUAAAGGCAGAACACUGGACGGUAAGAUUCCUGGCUGUACUGAUUGGCACCGCCUUUCUUCUUCUCAGGUUCAUCUUCCUCCCAAUCAUGGUGGUCACGCUACCGUUACCAAGCGCGGUUGUUAGAAUCUGGCCCACGGCAAUGGUCAGCUUUCUUCAAUGGUUCGCCUUUUACAGUUUUGCUGGUCUCUUGACUCUCCCCUGGCUUUUCUGCGUCUACCAGAUUGUCACACAUCAACUUGGAAGAAAGAAGCGCAUUAAACAAGUGCUUGACGAGGUGUCGGCUCCCAAGGUCGUUAUUGUCAUGCCUUGCUAUAAGGAGGAACCCGACGUCCUCGUCACCGCCGUCAACUCGGUCGUUGACUGCGAUUACCCACCGUCCUGCAUCCACGUCUUCCUGUCCUUUGACGGGGACCAGGAGGACGAGCUAUAUCUCAACACCAUCGAGAAACUUGGGGUGCCCUUGACACUCGAGUCAUAUCCUAACAGCAUAGAUGUCGCGUACAGGGCCGCUCGCAUCACAGUAUCUCGAUUUCCUCAUGGUGGAAAACGCCAUUGCCAAAAGAUGACCUUCAAGCUCAUUGACAAGGUCUACCACGAGUACCUGAAGAGAAAUGACAACCUCUUCAUCCUCUUCAUCGACUCCGACUGCAUAUUGGAUAGAGUCUGCCUGCAGAACUUUGUCUACGACAUGGAGCUCAGCCCCGGAAACAGCAGAGACAUGUUGGCCAUGACGGGUGUCAUUACCUCGACUACUCGGAAACACAGCCUCAUCACGCUUCUUCAGGACAUGGAGUACAUACACGGCCAGUUGUUUGAGCGUACGGUGGAGUCGGGCUGCGGAGCAGUAUCCUGUCUCCCCGGUGCCCUUACCAUGUUGCGAUUUUCAGCGUUUCGUCGAAUGGCCAAGUACUACUUUGCUGACAAGGCCGAGCAGUGUGAAGACCUGUUUGACUUUGCAAAAAGUCAUCUGGGAGAGGACCGAUGGCUGACCCAUCUGUUCAUGAUUGGUGCUAAGAAGCGGUAUCAAAUUCAGAUGUGCACCUCGGCGUUUUGCAAAACGGAAGCUGUCCAGACGAUGCGGUCUCUUAUCAAGCAACGGCGUCGAUGGUUCCUCGGCUUCAUCACCAACGAAGUCUGCAUGCUGACGGACUGGAGGCUGUGGAAGAAGUACCCGAUCCUUUGCUUGGUUCGGUUCAUGCAGAACACGAUACGGACGACGGCUUUGCUUUUCUUCAUCAUGGUCUUGGCGCUGAUGACGACGAGCAAGAGAAUUAACGACCUUCCUGUGGGCUUCAUUGCCAUCUCGCUCGGUCUCAACUGGCUGAUGAUGGUCUAUUUUGGGGCCAAGCUCAGGAGGUUCAAGAUCUGGCUUUACCCGCUGAUGUUUGUGUUGAAUCCGUUUUUCAACUGGUACUAUAUGGUUUACGGCAUCUUCACCGCUGGUCAGAGGACCUGGGGAGGGCCACGGGCCGACGCUGCGGCAGCCGACUCAACCACAACAGCUCAGGAGGCAAUCGAGCAGGCCGAAAAGGCCGGUGAUGAUCUAAACAUUGUUCCCGAGUCUUUUAUUCCGGCGGCACAGGAAAGGAAGGGUGUUGAAAAGGUGAACGCCAGUGCUCUCAAGAGAUCCAAGAGCGUUUUACAGCCGCCCAACCAAGUUAUUGGCAAAUUCGCGGCGCCUGAACGGACGCCAAGUGGAUGGUAUCAGCAUCCAGAUGAGUCCAUGGCAAGUGUUGGUGUAUUUGCCGGGUCGUCAUCUCGCCUCGAACGAAAGGCGGAUGUGCCAGAGCGGGACUCGAUCGACAGCUCAUCUUCGGCGCACACUGGAAGCUAUUCGGUCUAUAUGCCACGCAGAGUGGAAAGCAUCAUGGGCGAAGAGGACCGGCGCAAAUAUGACCUAGCACAUGCCAGCCAGGUCAACCAGUUUGCAAGCGCUUCGAGGAUAUUUCAGGGUCCACCAACAGGUCAAGUGUACGAGUAUCCGGAAUCCGAACUCCUGAGGGCAGGAUUUAGAGAGCCCGGGGUACCCAACUCGAACCGGCCCGGGACGCACAGGAGGCUCGGCAGCAACGGCAGCGCAGGCUCCCAGAGCGUGGGAAGCUCACUCCAAGACCCUCACGGUCCAGAAUCAUCAGUGGAAUCAUUCCAGACAUCUCGUCAGUCGCCAGUGCCACGGCCAGUCCCAGCUGCAGGACGAUCUGGUAGGACACCGCUUGGUCGAGCUAGCUGGAUGCAUACAUCAUCCACAGAACAAGUCGAAACGCAAAUCGAUGAAUCUCAGAGCCGUCUCGCGGCAGCAUCACAACCUCGCCAGGGACCACCAAGAGGUGACCACCGCCGAUAGUUGAGGCGGACAGGCGAACUCGGGGACACAGGCUCUGAUGCAGACACGCAUAGACUGCUCAUACGACCGAAACGGCUGUGUCCAACUUCAUCAGGGGGUAGGCAUCGAAUGGUGGCUAUCACGGCGCAAACUGCCAUGCCUGCACGGGCAACAAACGUUUUUCUUCUCAAUGGUCAGGGCAGAGACGGAAAUGGGCUAUAAAGAACACUCAGUCUUGAUAAAAAGGGGUGAUAUUACGGGGUGAGAGAGAUGAUUUUUUUGGAACUCUACCGUUAGAGUGAUUUUGGAACGUUUUUCAUGGGCUGGAAUGCACCACGUGUAACCUGUAUUGUAUCCAAAGAUAUUGUUGUACCUAGUUUUCCUUUGCUUCUUGGCGUUGUUAUAUUAAAGACACUGACUCGAUUCGGAACAAAUGCGAAGCGUGGGAGAGGCGAGACCGCAUGACACGAAUCCACGACGAUGGUGUUGCAAAGCCUGAGGUUUACGUGAUGGGUUCAACGCCCGUGGGUCUGUGAGGCUGGGCAUGACAAACAGUAAGUCUGACGGCCGGCCCGGCAACCAACCCAUCCAGCAAUUACAUGCGUCUCCCGGGCCGGGUUAUUGGGCAGCAAACAUAGGACUUUGUGGGAUGGCAAGUCCUUGGUGAUGAUCAGGAAUCUUCUGGAUAAUUCUCACCUGUGUGUUGGAGAUUUAUUGGGCAGCUAUGGUGACCUGAAGUUUUGUGAUGGAAACAGGUUACACAAAGUCUUGGGAGUGGGAGACUGAGAGGUUGUCAAGCAUACUACAACACGGUACAUGGUGUAUAUAGAGAGAUCAGUCUUGGCCCAUCAAGGUGAUGCUGUUCAUAGCCGGGCAGUUUUUGACAGAAAAAUGCGGAGGAAGAGAGGGAUGGAAAGAAAACUUGACCGCCAACCCCGAGCCACGGAUGCCCCUCGCCCCCCGAGCAGCGCGGUUGCCCCGCCCUUGCGAAAAUGUCGUUUUUCAGGUCCAGGAGGACACAAGAAAAAAAAAAGAGAUGGUGGGAUGAUGGGUUUACGGUAUGGGGUGGAAGGAGUGAUAGGGGGGAAAGCAGGGCUUAUCGCUAAUCGGCAGUGAGAAAUCUUAUCGCGUUGCCCCUCGUUGCUUGGCAAUCAGCAUGAUGCAAUGGUGAAGCGCUGUCAGAGAGAAGUUGAGACGGCAAGUGCACUGGGUUGUAGAGUUGACAAGAUGAAUAGAUGCCUUUGAUGAUA